AUGCUUUCCUAGUCGUAUAUAUAACUAAACUUUUAUACCAUUGCAAGAGAAGAAAAGACUUUAAUGAAUAUAAAAAACAGCAUUCAAUUUGUAAACGUUUUAAAGAGUCGGUACAUUAAUUGGUUCGUGAAAAACGGGAAUUAAUAUUCAUAAAUUUAAGAUCUGCAAAUCUGCACUUGACACAUUGCCUUUGAAGAUUUAAGUCACAUACUAAAUUCUAAACAUUUUGUGCCAAAAAAAAAAAAAAAAGGUUCAUCAUCUCAGUUUCUAGUUUUAAAAUUACAAAAGUAAACAAAAAAAAAAUUUGUUAUAAAAUGUAUGUGUCUGAAGAAAUUGAUGUAUUUGAAGAUGAUACACAACUGCCAGAGUCCUGCUUUAUUCUGAGGUCUUGUUGUUUCUUUUGUAUUGACUAUGUAAGAGUGUUUGAAAUCUCCACAUGUUCAUUUUAUGACUGUAAAUCAUAUUCUUGUACGGAAGACUACUUCACUAAUAACGAACGUAGCUUAGAUGAUUUUAUUGACCAAAUAUUUCUGAAAAGGGGCGAUUGUAGCAUAUUGAUUACAGAUAGGGUUACAUGUUCUAAGCUAUCGGAUGAGCUCAUAAAAGAAACGAAAUGUAAGAUGGACAAUUUUAACAAAGGUUGUAACGGAGUAUUAAAUGGUAUGCAGUGGCUACAUUCUCUAAACACUAAAGACGUCCUAUAUACUCGAAGCAAUGUCCUUUAUCCGGAAAGCAAAACGUGAAAUAAAACGAAUUAUUCCAGCGUAGCGAUAUUACCUUAUAAUUAAAUAGAGAACACAAUGGGGGAUAAUAACAUUAUUAUUGAAUCUGAUAUAGCAACAUUAUUUCCGGCAAACGAGGAUCAGAUUCAUGGACAAUGUGAAAAUGAUUUAAAACCAUUAGGUGAUGAUAAUGCUAAAUCCCCAUAUAAUGGAAAGGAUCUUACACGGGGAGAUGAGACUCAAGAUUCGGAUGAAAGAUCAAUAGGUUAUGGAUCAGAUGAAGAGUAUAAUCUUAUUUUUAAUCAUAAUGAUCUAUUCGCUCAUCGUAACAUCUACAAUUCAUAUGUCAAUGAACACUCUAGACACGAAUUUCGUGCUAGGAAAUGCAAAGGGAUAAAACCCUCUGCCGACUGUGUACCACAUCCCACACACUUGAAUGCAAUCCCGUGGUCAAGAUUGAAUGAAGAAAAAUGGAGACUUGCUACUUUCUCCAAAUACCCACAAAAAGCUGCCAAAUAUGUUAUUUUAUUAGCAGCAUCUGGUUUUGUUUACACUGGAGACGAAAGUGUUUCAGAUGACAGCGUCACGUGUUUCUUUUGUUGUUCUACUAAAAACAAUUGGCAACUAUUUGAUGACGUGGAUGAGGUGCAUAAGGAACUAUCACCGACAUGUCCAAUGGUGACCAAAACAAAGUGUACUAAUGUUCCUCUUGAAACAUGCUAUAGUAGCACCAGUUUUAAUCAGCUCAAAGACUCACAACUUGAUAGAAAUAACAAUUCAUAUAGCGUAAGUGCAAAUAUCAAUACUUCAAAUAUUUUGGAAGAUCCAGUAAGACAGACUGAGCCAGAUGGUACUACUUUAGCUUCAAGGGAAACACAAAGAACUCAAGGGCAUGGCAACGUACAACAGCGAUCUGAAGUUCCUACUUCAAGUCCUCUGGCUUUAAGCCAUAAUAAUGCUGAACAGCAAAAUAGUUCCAGCUUAGCAUCUAGCUCCAUACAGCAAACAUUAAUUGCAUCUAAUAGAGAGGCAUCUGCAAGUGUGGCUAUAACAACACCACACGCCUCCGUCACGACAGAAAUAUCUACAGCAUCCAUUUCAGGUUCUAGCAAUAUUGAAGUAAACACAAGUCCUUCAUCUGUGUCGACAAAUGCCAACGCAGUACAUACAAAUGUCACGUCAGGUCAAAGUUCAACUUCCACAUCAUCAGCUACUCUUACACAAACAGUGUCAGCAGCUUUAGGACAAACAUCAGAAGCAGCUGUAACACAAGCAGUGUCAGCAGCUGGUCAGAACUCUGCUAACAGAACUGCAGGCGGACCAACGUAUUCUGAGCUUGGCAUUGUAACAGAACGCCCCAAGAGAUUUGAAUAUGCAGUGCUUCUUAAACGAAUGGAGACAUUUUUAUCCUGGCCAAGAGAUCAUCAUUUGAGACCCAAAGAGCUAGCAGAAGCUGGAUUCUAUUACGCAGGUAAGUUUGAGGUAUAUCUUAAAUUAAUAUGAUCGUCUCA